CUCGUCUUUAAAAGACUUGGUAAAAUCUGGAUCUUAUUUUCUCUCUGAGCAGCUGUGAUAUUGUAUCAAAGAGGCUCUAAUGUGAAUGAAAGACGAAGUUACAGCCUUCUUCUUCUUCUUCUUCUGUGACGGGGGGAGGAUUUAAAGAAAAUCUCUGAGGUUACUUAUCAGACUCCCUCCAGGCUCCGGGCGCGCUCCACUCUCCUCGCGCUCUUCGGGCAGGAAAUGGAAAGCAAAGUCAGUGAGAGGAUGAACACCGUCAGCACUUCUAUGGUGAAUUCACCUGCUACAAUAGUAAGUGAUUUAGUCGAAGCUGUGUUCAGUAGUAAUAAAUUAUCUGACGAGUCGCAGUCUCUAACCUGCAUGUCUUCCUCCGUGCGUAAUUUUGGGAGCGCUGGCGCACUGAUCCACGGCGUCAGUCCAACAGGCGAAAACGCGGUUUUUAAACACUGUAACACACUCGACGACUCAGUCACGGGGAAGAAUUUCUACGACAGAAGUAGUGAUUAUUAUAAGUGUGAGAGCGUGCCGUGGGAAGAUCUGUUAAAUGUCCAGAGAACCAAAGUGCCCACGUCCGAAAGUUUGACGAGUCUCUCUUCUGGAGCUUGUAAGUUUAUCAAAGAUGAACAGGAGCCUUCUGUGAUUAUGGGGACCCCCUCUCCCACCUUCGAUCCGUCCACGGAGUUACCUGCUCUGGACUCCUGCUGUGACAGUGACAGGAAGCAGCAGCUCGGCUUCAGGGAUGAAGAGUUCACCACCUUUCCUCCUGGCACCUCAACUUCUCGUCCUGGACUGGGGGGAUCUCCAAACUUUCUGAUCGACCUGAACCAACCGGAGCAGCUCCAGAGGAGGGCCGACUCUGUGUGCAGUCUGCCAGGAAAGGCUGUCAUCCAGCUGGACGGCAACACGCACACAUCCACGCAGAUGACCGUGUUCAAGAGCGAGAUUCCACGAUGGCAGGUGCAGGCGUCUCCUCCUGAACCUCAGUACUGGUGCCAGUCCACAGGAGGGACCGAGGACCCGUACACCCACAGCGGCUAUGAUGUGAUCCAGAGUCAGGCCCUGACUCUGAGAAACCCUUCACCUUUCUCCACAUUCCCAGGGUAAGAAAUUAUCUUAGUAAGGAGUAAAACAAAUCAUCUAAACUCUAAACCGACCAAAACUAGACUUUAGUGAACUUUAGUAAAGUUUGUGGGACAUUUAAGAGGUAACAGAAGAUAACACUGACCAGUUUAUGACUCAGUUCUGCUUUUCUGAUCUGAUAAACUCACUUUAUUUUACUGCCAUAAACCUGUGAUAGAAAUGCUGAAGUGAGGACUGUGUGAGGUUGAAAAUGAAAAAGAAGAGUUGGUAAAAAGUUUUGGUGUUGUCAUUUGUGAUCACCCUUAUAUUAAAUCAAACUCCGAGUUUUUAAGGGUUUCUCUAACUUAAGAAUCCACUUAUUCAUCUUUUAACUUAAUUUAAUGGUUGAAAAAACUAACUAUUAUUGUGAGAGCAGCACAUUUGGUCCCAUCGGUGUUAUUUACUGCAUGUAGACCCACUUUCUUACUUACUUACUUUCUGUCCUCAUCUUUCUGUCUUUGCUUGUUUGUUCAGUAUGCCCCCCCAGAGGAUGUGUGUGAUCUGUGGUGAUGAGGCGUCUGGUUGCCAUUAUGGAGUUCUAACCUGUGGGAGCUGCAAAGUCUUUUUUAAGAGAGCGGUCGAAGGUAAGAAAAGAAAUAAACGUGUAAAAGUUUUAGUCUGAUUUGCCUUUUCUUUUAGUUUUGUAUCUGCUUCAAAUCUCAUGUUGACGUUUUGUCUUCAACAUCUGACCUGUGUCAGCUGAUCAAACUGAAGACUGUUUUGUUUUGCUUUUCUUCUCCUUAAAGUGUAUCUUAUCUUGUAACCUUUCCUUUGUUCGUGCCUACUAAAAAUGUCCCUCCCAGGCUUUCUUACUUAGUUUUCAGUUUCCUAAUGAGUGACCUUCUUAGACUCAGAGGAGGUCGUACCUGAUAUCGACUCUCUGAAACGGUCUCUCGCUGAUCUACAGUAAAAGUGGUGAAUCACAGAGUGGGAGUGAACACUCGGAGUCUGCCUGGCCUUCUAUGGUGGUUGUUAAAGGUCAUUAGCAACAGUAUCACAUUGACCAGUGUUCACCGUGUUCUUCAUCUUGGACUUGUUUUUCUUGUUAUCUGAAAAAGGGAGAUACAUAAGAGCCACUUUGUCUCAGCAUGGCCGUGUCACCCUGUCCUCACAGCCUCGCCUCUAUCUCAUUUUCUUCUUUAGAUCUCUUCAGAGAGCUCUGCCUUACCGGCCCGGUAAGAGGAGCCACGUAGACAGUCAAGAGCUUUUCUACUCCUUUUCUUUUUAUUACAGGACUCUUCUUCCUCCCUGAAUAUUGAAAAACCCGGCACUGUAAUAAUUGUGUGCAUUGUCUAUAUACACUUUCUCUUAACAGGCCAUCAUAGCUAUCUCUGCGCUGGGAGGAACGACUGCAUCGUGGAUAAAAUCAGGAGAAAAAAUUGCCCUGCCUGUCGCCUUCGGAAAUGCUACCAAGCUGGGAUGAUGCUUGGAGGUACGGUUUACACCAAAUCACGCCUGAAACCAUGAAAUUAAACUGAACAAGUAGCAGGAAUUGGUUUUGCCGUAUCAUCAUUUGUUUUCACGUCACAGGUAGGAAGCUGAAGCGGUUCGGAGCCCUGAAAGCCUUGGGUUUGCCCCCCUCCCUGAUGUUCCAGUCUCACUUGGCCAUGUCCAACGAUAACCAGGCCUUGACCUCUAUGUCCUGCAUACCGGGCGUCCGAGAGGUGCAUCUCCCCCAGCAGAUCAUAAACAUCCUGGAAAACAUCGAACCAGAGACGGUGUACUCCGGUUAUGACAGCUCCCAGAUCGAUGUUCCGCAUCUACUGCUAAACAGCCUCAACAGGCUGUGCGAGAAACAGCUGCUGUGGAUCGUCAAGUGGUCCAAGUCUCUGCCAGGUAACGGCGCUCUGCUGCUCAGGGUCACCGCAGCUGUUUCCAUGGGGAUCCAAAGGCAGGCCUUGCCAAGGACUCAGCCUUAAACCCUGUGAUAGGAGGCUUGAGUAAAUGAGAGCCGUGUUUCCGAGCGGCACAGAAAUACUCGGGAUAGGAAAAGUCAGACUCAGGAGUUUAUCUGUUAAUUAAGCAGAAACAGAAAACGACGUCUCUAAAAUCUGACUUUUCUUUUUCAGGGUUUCGUAACCUGCACAUCAACGAUCAGAUGACCCUCAUCCAGUACUCCUGGAUGAACCUGAUGGUGUUCUCGCUCGGGUGGCGCUCCUUUCAGAACGUCACCAGUGAAUUUUUAUACUUCGCUCCUGAUCUGAUCCUCAGUCAGUAAGUCACAGACGGAUUUAACCGACCUUCACAGUCAAAGGUUAUCGACAAGGACUGAUGCAUUUAUUCAUGACGCCAUGAUUACAGGUGAAAAGGAGGCGAUCAGCUGACUGUUUUAUGUUUCUGUCUGACAGGGAGCAAAUGAGGAGGUCUCCGAUUUACGACCUGUGCCUGGCGAUACAGUUCAUCCCGCAGGAGUUUUCCAAUCUCCAAGUCUCUCGUGAGGAGUUUCUCUGCAUGAAAGCCAUCAUCCUGCUGAACACGGGUAAGAGCUGAAGACCUGUUUCAGUUUUAGGAUGAUUCAGAUUUUUACAGCGUGGUGACAUUUAGCUUGUUUACUGCUCUCAGUUGCAAACAGAGAUGUGAAGCUUUGAUGAGUAUCUACUGUAAAGCCACAAAAAUAAGAGGGAGGGUUGGACCUUGACAGGAUUUAUGUAGCAGCUGGUAUCAAGUUCUACGUUUACAGUCAGAGGGAAAGUAAUGGCGACUUUGUUUCAUGUAAGGAGUAUCUGUUCAGUUUUUUAGGGUUUUAAAAAGUCUCCCGUUUCCUCUCAGUGCCUCUCGAAGGACUAAAAAGUCACGUGGCGUUUGAAGAGAUGAGACAAACCUACGUCCGGGAGCUGACCAAAGUCAUCCACAUGAAGGAGAAGAGUCUGGUGGCGAGCUCGCAGCGUUUUUACCACCUCACCAAACUGAUGGAUGCGAUGCACGAGGUAUGCUCUCUCGUCCGAUGAAAGCUCAACAACGCUGAUGAGGUUUUACUGAAACAAGAAUGUGUAUUUCUCUCUGCUCACAGAUAGUCAAGAAGGUCAACCUGUUCUGUCUGAGCACCUUCAUCCAAGCGGACGCCAUGAAAGUGGAGUUUCCAGAGAUGAUGUCAGAGGUCAUCGCGUCCCAGCUCCCUAAGGUCUUGGCAGGCAUGGUGAGGCCCCUCCUCUUCCACUCAAAGUGACGCGGCGGGCGCGGACUCUGCAGAGACAGCUUCUUACUGGAUUACUGGUCCUUCUCUUACUGGAUUCUUCUUUGUAGUCGGUCAUGUACAGUCAACUCUCGUGGUCUUUAGACACUUUGCUUUAGGAGUUUAAAAAUAUAAUACAGGUUCUUUUUGUAGCACAGAGCUGUAAGAUGAUGAAGUCAGAGGCAUUAAACAAUAAAUCUCCACUGAUGAAUCCUGGUGUAGACACCUUUUCAAACUCUUACACUCUUCUGUUUUGUCGGAGAGACUUAUUUUUGUAUCGAAAAACUCUAAUAAUCAGUGUUUGCAACCAGUAUCACAUUCCUACACCAAGAAAAAGGAAAAAAGGAGACACCAGAACCUGAAAUUAAACGACCAGGGUUAGCAUCAGAGUGACCUUCUUUGGGGAGGAGAGACUUACUUUAAGAAACAAAAAUAAACUGCAUGCUCGGACAGGGCUGGGCGAUAAACCGAAAAUUUAACGAUACUGAAAUUUAUGACAAUAACCAACAAUAAUCAUUUUGCCCAUAUCGGUAUAUUCAGUGUCAAAUAAAGUUGGUUUUGGAUGUGUGUAGGUAGGCUAUGGUCUCAUGUCCCUUUAAGACGCCGUCCAACAUCAGAGACGUGACUCCACCCCAUCCAGUCUGUAACAAAGAGGCAAAGACAGGUGAGGAGAUGGAGGACGGUUCAAAAGUUGUAGCGGCUGAAGUAGACAAAGUUAAUGUGAGAGGGGGUGAGCAGCUUGUGGAGUAGAUAUCGUCCAUUUAUCGUUAUUGAGGUGAACUGAUCAAUAUAUCGUGAUUUUGAUUUGAGGCCAUAUCGCCCAGCCCUAUACUUGGAAGAGCUAGAACUUACUAGAGUUUAUCUCCACAAAGACGACACGAUAUCCUAAAUGUCAGUUUCAUUGUGAAAUAACAGAAAUUAUGUUACUGUUACAUGAAAGAAGUAAACGUUUACAAACUCGCCAGUCUGACAGUAAGACUCAGAAUUCUGAAAUCCUUUAAAAUCAGGUAAUAAUCCACUCCUUUCUGAAUGUUUUCACAACUUGUUUGAGGUUCAGUCAGUAAAUCAGCUGGAUAAUUAACAGAAAAGAUCAAGUUUUACCAGGAUGUCCAGAAAUAUGCGAUAAAAAGUCAGACUAGACAAAACCAAAAACUGUUACACCGACAGUAAACUAGGGUGACCAUACGUCCUCUUUUACCCGGACAUGUCCUCAUUUUUGGGGGCUGUCUGGCCUGUCCGAGGGGAGUUUGUAAAAUCUCAAAAUGUCUGUGUUUUUGUAUGGAAGUUUUGAGUUUGUGUAGUGUGGACUAACUGAAUUAGAAGCGCAUAAAAAACACUCAACCAGACCCGAAAAACCCUCCAAAUUCUGCACACGACUCCGCCCGGCGUAGUAACUUCCUCUUUUUGAGGAUUCAGGAUAUGGUCACCCUAAAUAAACUUCACCCACAGCUCCACCUGUUUUUCUUCAUGUGCUGCUGUGAGCAAAAGUGAACGUUAUUUAUCAUUACAAAGAAUUCAUACCACAGGUCUAAUAAAUCACGCUGUUUAUUAAUAGACAUGUUUCUGCACUGUCUGGAGACAGUAAGUGAUUGCAAGGAAACAAGCUAACCAUUAAAGCAGGCUGCCAAAUGUUACAUAGUCAGGAUAUCAUUUCCUGGAUAAGCACAUUCAGACUGUAAGGGAGUGUUAUCUCACCAUCAAUGUUCAAGGCCACCGUGGAUUUUUAAAAAUGUAGAUGGAAAAGAACAACCUGAUCUUGGCAGGAAGAGAAAAAUCUAAAAUAACCUCCCAAAUAAGAGAAAGUUUGACUUUGAUAUCAAACUUUUAAUUUGUAAUAACUCCAGAAUCAAAGCGUUUCUCCUUAUUUUCUUUUUUUCUCUGCUGAAAAAGUGUCACUAAGUUUUGAAAUGUUGUGACCAUAAUAGAAAACUACAUAUUACAGGAUACACUCAGAUACACGUCUGGCUGUUGUUACUGGUACACCAGUGCACCAGUGCGUACAGUAUCACAACAAAGCACACCUCACAGACAUUCAAAGCAUUAUAUAUAUAAAAAAGACGUUUUACAUACAGAAUUUAUAUAUUUUAAGUUGUGAUCAUUUACAGUAAGAGGUAAAUAUUCUGGAUUAGGAGCAGUAAUCUACAUUUUACAGUACCAUGUAGCUAAACAGAAAGUGCACAGCAGACGUGAGCAGGUUCAGUGGAUGAACGACGUUCACAGGAACAUGAAAGUUAAGGUGCAAACCAUUAUGCUUCUUUAUUCUAGCCGACUACACUCUAUCCUUAUUUAUACUCACAGUUUGUUCAGUUACAGUUCACACAGGAGUCUGUGGAGCUGCGACCGUCCAUUAGCAACUCAAUGAAAGGGUUAUACUGAUACACUGGGAAGUUAAAAAGUAAUAUAUUACUGACAAUAAAUCUUGUGAAACAUGA